UAUAAUGAUAAAGGCGCGACUUUGGUUGGAUUCCCGCCACGUAGCCGACGAAUAUACCCCUCCAUGGAAGCCAGGUGCUUCCUCUUCGUCGCCCAAGAACUAAAGAGCUCUGUGUGUGCUGCAGUUAGAGGAUAGGGUUAGGGUUUGCGAUGCGCCUUCCAGUGGAUGGAGAAUUCCCGGAAGCCGAUGUCUAGAAUGAGGUACAAUACCGAUCUCUUCUUUCUACCAAGCUGGUCGUCUCUGCCCACUGUGAGCAUGGGAAUGCUAGCUAGUCUCUUUUAUGUUCUUCUUCUCUUCCUCUUUUCUCGCAUUGGAGGGGCGGAGCUUCCUGUUGUAUCCAGGAUUGCUUUUGGUUCGUGUGCUCAUCAGGACGUUCCUCAGCCGAUAUGGUCGGCUGUGCUGGAUUUCAAGCCCGAGGUGUUUAUCUGGCUUGGAGACAACAUUUACGCGGAUAACAAGCGGCCGACUCGGGUGUUUGGAAAGGAACGCACCGCUGGGCCUUGGAAGAACAUCCCCCGCUUCUCUCCUGUGUCGCUUGAAGAAAUGGCGGAGAAGUAUCGGAAAGGGAAGAGCGUUCCCGAGUACAAGAGAUUGAGAGCAACUACACAGAUUAUAGGAACUUGGGAUGACCAUGAUUAUGGCCUCAAUGACGCUGGAAAGGAGUUUGAAGGCAAGAGGGAGAGCCAAAAGUUAAUGCUGGAGAAUUUGGACGAGCCUUUGGACAGCCCCAGAUGGUCCCAGGAGGGGGUCUAUACGUCUUACUCUUAUGGUCCUUUAGGAAAGAGAAUUAAGGUUAUUCUUCUAGAUACAAGGUACCACAGAGAUCCGAUUUUCAGCGACGGGACGGUGCUGGGAGAAAAGCAGUGGACGUUUCUGGAGAAAGAACUGACCGAGACCGAUGCGCAAAUCAAUAUCAUAGCUUCGUCCAUUCAAGUGUUGGGCAACUUUUCUUCGACUGUGCGACCUUUCUUUCACGUGGAAGCAUGGUCGCACUUUCCAAAAGAGCAAGAACGACUUUUUGAUGUAAUUGCACGCUCGAAUGCAAGUGGUGUUGUCUUUAUCAGUGGGGAUGUGCACUUUGGGGAAAUCACUAGGUACGACUGUGGUAUCAGCUACCCGCUUUAUGAUGUGACAUCGAGUGGCCUUACACAGGCAGUGGAGCAGUCUAAGCUUGCUCCGCUAGCAAGGUUCUCUGCCUGGCUAAUGCCAACUAGUAUGAGGGUAUACAAUCAAUGGUGCCGAUACAGCUCUUGCGUUUAUGGCAAACAGAACUUCGGAACUUUCCUCAUCGACUGGACCGAGGACAAUGUCAAAAUUGUCGCGGAGAUCAGAGACGUGUUUGGACGGCCUGCGCUCAAGGAGAUCAUCCCGCUCUCGAAACUCCAGGCACAAGAUGGAGCAGAGAGAAACUUCAAGCGGCUAAGGAAGAAGAUCCAGAGGCACUGUACACGGGAAGUCGACCUUCCCUGGUACCUGAGAUACCGACUGGCUGCCGUCGUUUACUCUCUCUUCACUGUGAUCAUACUGGCUGUUUCUGUUUCCCUUUACUGUCUGGUGAGAGUGGGAAGCAGCAAGCUUCACAAGAAGUCCGAGUGAAAGUUAAAAGUACGUAGAGUUUAUACUUUUGUUCUAUUUUUAAUCCACAAAGGGGAUAACACUUGUUUAAGGAUAAAGUACUAUCUUACUCAGAUAGUUUUUAAUAGCA